UUCCUAUUUAUAUAAGAUGAAAGAAACCCAUAAACAAUUUCAAUUAGCAAAAUUAAAAUGGAGAAAUCAAAGCACUUUGUUCUAGUUCAUGGGAUUUGCCAUGGAGCUUGGAACUGGUACAAGAUUAUCGCACUGCUCAAAGCGGCUGGUCAUCGUGUCACUGCUCUGGACCUUGGUGGUUGUGGAGUCAACUCCAUCUCCAUCUCCGACUAUUUGCAGCCCCUCACAGAUUUCUUGGCCUCCCUCCCUGAAGAAGAGAACGUGAUCUUAGUGGGUCACAGCUAUGGAGGCAUCGCCAUUUCUCUAGCCAUGGAAAGUUUUCCUAACAAGAUCUCGGUGGCUGUUUACGUCACAGCCUUCAUGCCCAAUUGUGCAUCUCCACCUGCAACUCUUCCUCUGGAGUUCUUGAAGAGAACUCCAGUGGAGUCCCUGUUAGAUUUUCAGUUCUUUUUCGAUGAUGGCCCAGAAAAGCCACCCACUUCAGCUAUGUUUGGGCCUGAUUCCAUGGCCGCCAAUCUCUAUCAGCAUUGUCAAUCGGAGGAUUUGGAAUUGGCGAAGACGUUGGUGAAGCCAUGUAGGCUGUUGUUGAAAGAGUUGUCGGAGGAAACACUGUUAACGGAAGAAAAAUUCGGGUUAGUGGAUCGGGUUUUCAUUGUUUGCGAAUCUGAUAAGCUGUUGAAGAAAGAUUUGCAGGAAUGGUUCAUUGAAAAUAUGCCGACCAAAGAUGUGAAGUACAUAGCAGGAGCCGAUCACAUGGUUAUGCUCUCUAAACCUAUCGAGCUUUGCCACGUGUUGUUGGAAGUUGCCUACAAAGUUGGUCGGACAUAAAGAGACUUGGCAUAGAGUGGUGUUACUGUGCAAUAGCGGAUGUACAAUAAAUCAAUAAUAUUUCAAUAUAUCAAUCACUUUGUGACUCUUCGUAGAUAAA